ACGACCGGAUAAACGGUGCCACCGGGUUUCCUGCGACAGCGCGUCCCGUGGUCUCUCUCGCUGACUCGUCAAGCCGCCAAGCCGAGCCGAGCCAGCGGCGACCAUUUGGCCUGCUGCUCCUCUUCCUCCGCCCACCUGCUCCUCGGGCGGACCUCCCUCGCCUCCGCCCGUCCGCCCGCCUUCUCGCCGGAGCAAGUCAGGCCGGGUCGCCUCUCCGGGAGCAUCUGCGUCCUCGCCGCCGGAUCCCACCUCUGUCCGCCCCAGCUCGUCGCCGCCGGACACCCCCAACCUCGCCAAUCCCGGAAUGAGAAUCCAACAGCCAGGCAUUCAUGUGGAUCCUGGCACCCCUACCGGGAGAAAAUCACCGGAGAUUACUACAACUAGUCCACUCGUGAAUGGAGGAAAGGGUAAACUCUGGGAUGAGAUUGGAGGACAAAGUGCACUUGCAAGUCCCAUGAGGAGAGAGAUUGGGAACAGACCUUUGAUGAGGUCCUUCUCUGUUGAUGAGGUUGACUUGGAAGAUGUUGAGGCCUCAAAAGAUCGAGAUAGGCGGUCGCACUUCCUCAGGCUCCCAAACAUUCAGAAUCAAUCUCUUAUAUCUGGUCUUGCUUACUGCAUAGCAUCCUGCAGCAUGAUUUUAGUUAACAAGUUUGUUUUGUCUGGCUAUGGUUUUAAUGCUGGAAUAUUUCUGAUGCUUUACCAGAACAUUGUAUCAGUGACCAUAGUUUCCACACUGUCCCUCUCCGGUGUUAUCCCAACUGAACCACUAACAUGGAAGUUAAUCAAAGUUUGGUUGCCUGUGAACAUCAUAUUUGUCGGAAUGCUAAUUACAAGCAUGUUUAGUUUGAAGUACAUCAAUGUUGCGAUGUUGACUAUAUUGAAGAAUGUCGCCAAUGUUCUUACUGCUUCUGGGGAAACCUACUUCUUUAAGAAGCAGCAUGAUAGACAAGUUUGGAUUUCUCUAAUGUUGAUGAUAAUCUCAGCCAUUGCAGGAGGAGUAACAGAUCUGUCAUUUCAUGCAGUUGGCUAUACAUGGCAGAUCUUAAACUGUUUUUUAACAGCAUCAUAUUCGCUUACAUUGAGGCAUGUAAUGGACAGUGCGAAGGAGGCCACCAGGUCCGGGAAUUUGAAUGAGCUUUCAAUGGUUUUACUGAAUAAUGUUCUUUCACUACCAUUGGGAGUUAUCCUCGUGCUUGGUUUUAAUGAAGUGGAGUACCUCUUGGAAACGCCUCUCCUGAGGAUGCCUACGUUUUGGAUAGUCAUCACCGCCAGCGGGGUUUUGGGGCUCGCUAUCAGCUUCACUUCGAUGUGGUUUCUUCGUCAGACAAGCGCAACAACAUAUAGCCUUGUGGGCUCCCUCAACAAGAUCCCUCUCUCCAUUGCCGGGAUCCUUCUCUUCAAAGUCCGCACGAGCAUGGAGAAUUCCAUAAGCAUUCUGUUUGGGCUACUAGCGGGAGUGUUCUUCGCCAGGGCGAAGUUGCGCGAAAGCUCCCAGUCAUAAGCUGCUGCUCGCAGAUCCUACGGAGGGCGAAGCGGGCCGCCGCUCCCUGGAAUCGGGCCUCUGGGAAACUUGUGCAGGCGUGAGGUUGUUUCCCAGCUGGCAAAGGCAAGAGACAGCGUCAUGUUGGUUAGUUAGCCCGGUGCUUCGUUUUGUUUUUGCUCUCGAAGCCGUCCUGGCCUGGCCUGUCGUGGCUCCUGUGGUUGGUGGUGGAUGGUGGCAUAUAUACGUCCUCCUCUGUAAGAUACACACACGGUUAGAUGCUGCUGAAAUCCCAGGCAUGCAGCUGGGGGUAUAGAUCACUGGGUAAAUACACACCGGGUAGUAAUUCUUGGGGGGCCGAGGUCCUCCUCAGCUGGGCAGAUCGCUGCUGUAUAUUCUCUCGUUAUCCUGGAGACACGGUAUCUACCGGCUACUCUGAAAAACUGGGCCAUGGGAGGGUGGGGUAUUCGCUUGAGAAAGGCCUCUCGUUUCUGGGUUCUAUCCACAGUGUUUUUCAUUGCUGGUCACAGGUGCAUUCACCUCAAGCAACGGCACGCGUGUUGUGUCCUA